AUGAAAACCCUCAUCCUUCUACUAGCACUGACUGCUGUCUCCGUGGCUCAAAUUGGACUAGCUGUCCCCGCUGGCACCAAAGAUUUUGAGCUUCCUAUUCAUGCUUCUGACGUGAAGGCUUUUACCAGAAAGUUGAAAAAUGGAGAAACCCAAACGUGGAAUCUGAGUGGAGCGAAUAAGGGAACAUGGGUCGACUCGAAAGGAAAGAAAAUUCCGUCUACAAAUUUUGUCUUCGUCGCCCCAUCUAAUCUGAAAAUCAAGAAAGUCACUAAGGGAGAUGCAGGAUUUUAUGACUACAUCUCGACUUUCGCACCAGUUGAUCCGGCACCACUUCCACCAGGAGUUCAUAUCGACCCUGGAAUGCCAACUGGUUUUGACCUCACUGUUAAUUAA